AUGGGUAGAUACAGUGUUAAGAGGUAUAAGACCAAAAGAAGAACCAGAGACCUUGAUCUCAUCUACAACGAUAUAUCCGAUAUCAAUACCAUUAGGAAAUUGAAGAACCAACCGUUAGAUGAAAAUAAACCAGGGUUAGGACAGUAUUAUUGCGUUGAAUGUGCCAAAUAUUAUGAAAACCAACAUGCAUUAGACUGUCAUUUGAAAACCAAAGUGCAUAAAAGAAGGGUUAAAGAACUCAAACAAAGACCUUAUACUAAUUUAGAAAGUGAAGCAGCCUCGGGUACCAAUAUGGUCAAGUUCAUGGAAUCGGUUGAAAAAUAUAAACAGAUGGAACAAAUCAAAUCAGAAAACAAAAAGGAAUACGACGAAGCCAUUAAUCAAAGAAAAGAUAAUUUAGAUGCCAUUAUUACCGGUAUUCCAAGUGAAAAUAAUGAAGCAAAAGAAAUAGAUAUGACUGAUUAA